AUGUUUAGUGAGAAACCAGCCUUGCUCACUGCAAGCUCUGGGCAACCGAUCUAUGACGUAGACACGGACGCUCUGGACGGGGACCUGCUCAUCAACCAGUACUUCCUAGACUCCAUCGACAGCGCCGUCAACGCGAGGAUCCCGGCAAGAGAAGCCUUCGCUAAAGCCGCAGCCGCUCACGGAUACUUCAUCGUUACAAAUGACGUCACCAAGUACACCAAGGCGAAAUUGUUCGAGAAAGUCGGAAAGAAAACUAAAAUUUUUGCUCGCCUAGGAAUAUCUCAGGUCCUGCCAGGACAAAGUGACACGACCCUCACAGCUGCUAGAGGGUUUUCUAUUAAAUUCUACACGGAAGAAGGCAACCUUGAUCUACUUAGCAUAAAUAUCCCAGUCUUCCUUUAUAGAAAUGCUUUUCUCUUCAUCGGACUGUUUCAUACAUUUAGCAAUAAUCCAAAGACUAACAUUCAAGACCCGAAUGCUAUUAUUGACUUCAUUGUACAGAAUCCCAUAACUCUGCAUAACUUACUUUGGUUCUUUUCCGAAUUUGGUAUUCCUAAAGGGUACAGACAUAUGAACGCAUUUCCUAUUCAUUCUUUUCAGUUGUACAAUGAAGAAGGACAAACAUUUUUUGCACGGUUUAAGAUUUUAUCUGAACUUGGUUUUGAGCCUCUCAGUCUUGAUCAAGCGUCGGCUAUAUCUAGCUACGAUUUUAACUUUUUCAUAAGAGAUUUGUAUAAUUCUAUUGAAAGAAAAAACUAUCCAACUUGGACGUUAGAGAUGGAUGUACUCAAUGUAUGUGAUAUAAAACAGCUUAACUUUGAUCCAUUUGAUGUAACGAGAUUAUGGCCUAACGGCACAUAUACCACAGUUCCAAUAGGUAAAAUUAUCUUGGAUAGAAACGUCGAAAAUUAUUUUGCUGAAGCAGAGCAAGCCGCUUUUAAUCCUAUUAAUUUGGUACCUGGCAUCAAAAAUCCUCCUGAGCAACUCUUUCAGGUACGAACCUUUGCUUACAGUAGUGCUCAAAAAAAUCGCCUUGGUAAUAACUUUAACAAAAUAGCUAUAAAUUGUCCGAUGUACGCAGAAACUUACAACCGCGAUGGAGAUCCUCCGGUGUUAGAUAAUGGAGGUGACGCAGUCAAUUAUUACCCUAACUCCUUUAAUGGACCUGUGCCUUUUUAUGACCCUGCCAGGCCCCGGAAACAGUUCAAAAUUGUAGAGAAAAGUAUUGUACAUUUGGAAGAUAGCCGAAGGUUUUACAAGGAGGUUCUAGCUACCGAUGCCCAGAAACAACGCCUCGUCGACAACUUCGCGAGGACAUCACUUCGAGUGAAACAUACGCUACAAGAAAAACUCAUCAAGCUAUUUAGAAAAGUUGAUUGUGAUUUAGCAGAUAGAUACAUCAAGACGUUGGAUAAAUUGAAAAAGAAUGUGAAACUACCAAAUGUUGUUGAAGAUUUGGAUGAUAAUAAUCUUUAUCCAUACAGCAAUGUGUAACAAUAAUUAUGUAUAUAAUGGUAAUUAUUGUUAAAA